AUGAUUUCUGUCAAACCCAACCUGCCAAAUGAUUACAUUUCUGGCGCCCAGUCUGAAAUUUCAAAUUUUCAUCCUUUCUCAACCAUUACGUAAUUUAUUAAAAAAUACAGAACGAUUGGAAAAUUUCAGAAAAAUUAAUCGUCGUUUGUCACUAGUUUCUGUGUUCUGAUAAUGUUCCAUUGGAACAACCAAAAUAAAUAUGAAACGAUUUUUUGGAGGCGUCUUAAUUCUUCGUCGAAGUAUUCUCAUUGAAUGUAAGGCUUACUACUCGUUAAGAACCAGACACAAAGUCCUAGAAGAUGGGCCAGCUGCUCUACUGAGGAAGAGAAUUACUGCCAAUAAAAUACAAGAAGAUACUGUGCAACUGAAGAUAGGUGAACAACUGCAAAGAGUGUAUGAAGAUGUGAAAACGUAUCAUCCAUCUCAGGCAAGUUUUUUCAGUAAACUACUGUCUUCCAAGAAACAGAAAGCCCCAAAGGGACUAUACAUCUAUGGAGCUGUUGGUGGAGGUAAGACAAUGCUUAUGGAUCUCUUUUUUGAUGUUUGUCAAGUGGAGAGAAAGAAAAGAGUACAUUUCAAUGAAUUUAUGGUGAAAGUACAUGAAAGAAUGCAUCAAUUAAAGCAAGAGGUGGUGCAGGAUUUUUCUGAAAGAAAAGCUAAACCAUUUGACCCAAUUGCUCCAAUAGCACAGUUAAUUGUCGAAGAAUCAUGGCUUUUGUGCUUCGAUGAGUUUCAAGUCACUGAUAUUGCAGAUGCCAUGAUUCUGAAAAGGUUGUUUACCGAGUUGUUUAAUAAUGGAAUUGUUAUGGUCGCGACAAGUAACAGACCACCGGAUGAUCUAUAUAAAAAUGGCUUGCAAAGAUCAAACUUCCUCCCUUUUAUCGACAUACUGAAAAGUCAUUGUGAAAUAGCUAAUUUAGAUUCUGGAACUGAUUAUAGACUAAAAGUUAUCGGUGAUAAGACCAACUACUUUGUAAAAACUGAUUAUAAUCUUGAUCCAAUUGCGCCAAUAUUUAAAUUCUUGUGCUCGAAAGAGAACGAUGUAAUUCGAGGCAAAACACUCGUCAUUUUAGGCAGGAAUGUAACGUUUAAAAAAGCUUGCGGGGGAAUUUUAGAAAGUACCUUUGACGAACUGUGUGAUCGGCCUUUGGGUGCCAACGACUACCUCCAUUUAACGCAAUUCUUCCACACCAUUAUUAUAAGAGAUAUCCCGAGAAUUGAUCUACUUGAAAUGCGCUCACAAGCUAGACGAUUCAUAACAUUAAUCGAUGCUCUGUACGAUCAAAAAUCCAAAGUUAUCAUAUCAGCCGAAGUUCCUAUAAGAGAAUUAUUUACUUAUACAAAAACCACUGAUAGUAUUAGCGACGAACACAGAAUGUUGAUGGACGACCUGAAAAUAGGCGACAAGGACCUAACGUCGAACAUUUUCACUGGGGAUGAGGAGAUUUUUGCUUUUGAUCGAACUAUAUCUAGAUUAAGCGAAAUGCAAAGCGAAGACUACUGGGGCGAUAAAGGUAAAAAUUAGUUAAAUGUCUUAGUUUGCAACAAUACAACUGGAUUUAUUGUAAAGUCGUUCAGCUAGCACAUUUAGUUUAGAAAUUUAGAAAUGGUCUUGACUUUCUGUUUUCCAAGCACUUUGAGGACGAUUCAUCGCUAACCGAGAAUGUGCAUCUUAGUAGCUAAGAUCUCUAGAAAAUGAUAAGUAUUUUUUUGUUCGUGAUAUACAUCGCUAUUUUUACUUAUAUUACUUCAAUAUUCUAGUUUAAUACCAACUGAUCCUGAGUAUGCUUUUUUUACAGAAUGUUACAGAAGAAACCAAAAAACUUUGUUUUCAUUUUUGAAGAUAUACUUAUAUACAAGGUGUUCAAGUGUUUUUUCUCUAAACAAAAUUGGGAGCGACUUAACUUUUGGCUCUGACUCUUUGGUCUCUUUGUAUAGCGACUUUCGUGUGAUUUUAUUUGAUUGUCUGUGACUUCUGACUUGAUAUGAACUUUCUACGCCAACGGUUAUCGACAUUUAGGUUUCUAUAUGCGGAUAAUUUUAUUUUAAUUUCUGAAAGAGUCUCAUUUGAAUAUGUUGUGGAGCAGUGGAGCACCGUCUGCUAUAGAGAUGACAUAUGUAUAUAUAUAAUAUGAUAUGCUUAAGUUGGACGCAGUCGAACGCCUUUUUCAAGUCGAUAAAACUUGUGCACGCUGAGUUACUAUAUUCGAUACAUUUUUCAACGAUUUGUGUUAACUGCGAUACACCUAAAGACACGCAUUUAUGUGUAUCAUGUUAAUAACCAAAACUACAUCCGUACAGAAUCCUUUCGCGGUGAACUCUUGCGGAUCAUCUGCAAGUGUAAUGUGAUUAUUAAACAUUUUGGCCAUAAUUAUUCGCACUAUUAAUUCACCAUCUUAAUUAAAUUAAUUUUUAAAACGAAAUUUAGUCGAUCUUAAAAAUGAGAAUUGUAAAUACUCGCCGGUCAAUCGUGUGGAAUUCUAUGAGUGAAAAAGUCUUUAUAGGUCAUGAUGGUCCCUUCCUCCACCUUAUUUUUGUAGUAAUUUUGUUUUAAGAUGAAAAUGUUCUGUUUCUGCCGCCUCAGUUCAUAUAUCUGGUGCUUCUUUCUUUCUUUAGUUAUAGAAUUGUCUGUUUUGUAUACCUAGUUCGGUUUUUCCUAAUUUAUGUCAGUUCUUCGAUGUUUUCGCGUUGGUUCCUAAGAAAGCGCCUUGUUUUUGUAAUCUGAACCAGCCAAUUCGCGUCCUUUUUGAAAAAUGUGUUUAUAUUUUUGAUCAGAACUUCUGUUCGACUAGUAGGUACCUAUAAAAGGUUGUCAAUCUUGUCCAUAAGUUUUUUUUUGGCACUGAUGCAGUAGUAAUUUGCUCUGUGUUGUCGCUGGUUGUUUAUCCUUUUUGGUUGUUAGUUUAAUCCAGGUUUUUCUAGCAGCAUAAAAUCGUAAAAAAUAAUUGAUUGAGAUAUACAGAGUGGCCCGUAAGCACAUGAUCAAAAGGAUACUGCGAUAUAAUUUGCAUCAAAAGAAGACGAUCUGACCUAACUUCUGUUAACAAAAAAUAUCUGGCUCCUCUGGUGUAAUACGAGGCAUAAAUUGAUUGACAAUCAAUAUCACAAAUUCGGUUCGGAAGACCUUUUCUAAUGAAGAAGUGACCGACAUGGUCAAAAUUUACGCGGCGCAUAUUUGCAGUUAAUGUCUCACAUUGUUAAGUGGCAAGAAAACAGACAUAUUUUUUUGCACAAAAACUAUGAAUGCUACAAGAUUUUACAAAGAGCAUAAAAUUGUGAAUGCAU